UGUAGUGUUCCGGUGACGCUCGACCAGACCCCGCUGAUCAGCUGCGACCAUGCCGACAGUCAGCGUGAAGAGAGAUCUGCUAUUUGAAGCUCUGGGACAAAAAUACACUGAUGAAGAAUUUGAUGAACUAUGUUUCGAGUUUGGCCUCGAGCUGGACGAAAUCACAUCAGAGAAGGACAUUAUAAGCCGUGAACAGGGAGAUGAGAAGGCAGAAGGGGCGUCUGAUGUUGUGCUGUAUAAGAUCGACGUGCCAGCUAACCGCUAUGAUCUCCUGUGUCUGGAGGGUCUCGUCAGGGGUCUGCAGGUCUUCAAGGAGAAGUUGGAAGCUCCUCGGUACAAGCGUGUGAGUCCGGCGGACGGAGGAGAGCCUCAGCGGCUGGUCAUAACCGACGAGACGGCGUCUGUGAGGCCGCACGCUGUAGCAGCUGUACUGCGCAACAUCACCUUCACUCAGGAACGAUACGAGAGCUUCAUUGAGCUGCAGGAGAAGCUGCACCAGAACAUCUGCAGGAAAAGGACCCUGGUUGCCAUAGGAACUCAUGAUUUGGACACCAUCUCCGGUCCGUUCACUUACACAGCCAAACCGCCCGGCGAUAUCCGCUUCAAACCGCUCAAUCAGAGCAAAGAGUACACCGCCACUGAGCUCAUGAGUCUCUAUAAGACUGACGGUCAUCUGAGACACUACCUCCACAUCAUCGAGAAUGAACCUCUCUACCCCAUCAUAUACGACAGUAAUGGAAUCGUCCUGUCUAUGCCUCCAGUCAUCAACGGGGACCACAGCAAAAUCUCAUUAAACACAAAGAACAUUUUCAUUGAGUGCACGGCCACAGACCUCACAAAGGCGAAGACCACGCUGGACAUGGUAGUGACCAUGUUUAGUGAAUACUGUGAGGAACCGUUCACGGUUGAGGAGGCAGAGGUUGUUUAUCCUGACGGCAGAUUGUGUGUGUAUCCUGAGCUGGCGUACAGGACGGAGACGCUGUCUGGGGACUUCAUCAACAAAAGAGUUGGGAUCAACGAAUCGGCAGAAAGCAUCGCUCAGCUGCUGACCCGGAUGUGUUUGAGGUCAGAGGUCAGCGGUGAGGGCGAUCUGAUCCAGGUUGAGAUCCCGCCCACGCGCGCUGAUGUCAUCCACGCCUGUGACAUCAUGGAGGACGCCGCCAUAGCAUACGGCUUCAACAACAUCUUCAGGAGCACGCCGCGCACGUACAUAUAUAUAUAUAUAUAUAUAUAUAUUCAUGCAUCAAUAGAAAAGACUAAAAGGUCGAUUUUGAAAUUUAAGAACCCAUAUCAGUUCAUCAAAACAAAGAUUAUUGAUAUUUGCUCCGAAGAAGAUAUCGCAGAUAAACUCAGGAAAAACAUCGCAGAAACCAGAGCAGUCCACAUCUCCAACCCAAAGACCGCAGAGUUUCAGGUGGCACGCACCUGUCUUCUUCCCGGACUCCUAAAGACUCUCGCUGCCAACAGGAAGAUGCCCCUUCCUCUCAAACUGUUCGAGAUUUCAGACGUCGUCCUGAAGGAUGAAACAAAAGACGUAGGAGCCCGUAACAACAGGCGUCUCUGUGCCGUUUACUACAACAAGAGCCCGGGAUUUGAAGUCAUCCAUGGACUUCUGGACCGGGUCAUGCAGCUGCUGGACGUCAAACCAGGCCGUAACCAAGGAUACCACAUCCAGGCGGCAGAGGACUCCACCUUCUUCCCUGGCCGCUGUGCUGAGAUCUUUUCAUGUGGCAAAAGCAUCGGACACCUCGGGGUCCUUCACCCUGAUGUCAUCAGUCGUUUUGAGCUGACCAUGCCCUGCUCCGCCAUCGAUAUCGACAUCGAACCCUUCCUGUGAUGUCAUAAUGCAAAUACCCUUAGCCACACCCCUCCGCUUUGGGCUCCUCCCAGCCACUCAUUACUGUCACAUCUGUCUUUUGGAAAAUGAGUAAUAGCCACAACAGCAUGUGUUACUGUAUGUUCAGGAUAUAAAUCAAUGUUUUAAUAAAACUCGACUUGUCCACUGCUAGUAUGUUAUUCAUAUAUUAAACAUCAUGGCUGUAUGUUUGUGUCCAGCACAUUUUACAACACAGAAACAAAUAAAUACGGAUGAAUACAA